GACCCAUCUGACCUGGCUGUUACAUACGUUCUGCAUGGCGCCGCGCGCUUCUGAUAACCCGCUAUAUAAGACCCGGAUCGCAGAACGCGGUCAGGUCCUACCCUCCCAGUGACCAGCCAUGCUCCCGCCGCUGUUAUCUGCGCUGGGCUUGACCAUCGCGGUCGCCGCCGCCGGGAUUGCUGACGCGCGCUCCACGAAUGGUGGUUUCCGGAAGGGACUUGGGUUUCGGGAGGCACACCUUCGCAAGCUGAACGCCGCGGUAAAGGGUAUACACGAACCUCCGGCGCGUCGGCAGUACGAUGAGUUCCCUGAACAAUGGUUUGAACAGCCGCUCGACCACUUCAAUAACGAGACCGGAGACACGUUCCUGCAGCGCUAUUGGUUUAGCAAGAGGCACUACACACCUGGCUCUGGCGGUCCUGUCAUCGUCCUCGACGGAGGCGAGACUAGCGGAGAGGGCCGUCUACCCUUCCUCGACACUGGGAUAGUCGAGAUACUGACCCGUGCCACUGGCGGCGUUGGCGUCAUCCUCGAACAUCGCUACUAUGGCGAGACCCAGCCAGUGCAAAACCUCACAACUGAUUCGCUCCGCUUUCUCAACAACGACCAAAGCGCCGCUGACAGUGCCUAUUUCAUGGCUAAUGUCAAGUUCGAUGGCAUUGACGAAGACCUCACUGCUCCCGGCACGCCGUGGAUUUAUUACGGAGGCUCCUACGCAGGCGCUCGCUCCGCGCACAUGCGGGUACUAUACCCAGAUCUGGUCUACGGAGCGAUAGCGUCCAGUGGCGUCACGCACGCCAUCAUUGAGGACUGGGAGUAUAUGGAGACCAUCCGCAAGGCCGCGCCCGCCAACUGCUCCCUCGGCCUCGAGAACUCCAUCCAGACAAUCGACGACAUCCUCACCGAGGGCGGCUCGGCAGCAGACGACCUCAAGGCGCUAUUUGGGCUCGCAGGUCUUGAACACAACGACGAUUUUGGCAAUGUGUUGCGCAACCCGGUCUUCAAUUGGCAGUCCAAGUGCUGGAACGAUGAAUGCGGCGACGAUUCGUUCGAUCAGUUCUGCGAGGCGCUGACCAAGGCGCCGAACAACAGCGCAGUCGCUGAUGCAGCUUAUGGGGACCCUCGUAGGUCGGUGAACGUCACCGACAGCUUGGCGGUGGACUAUGUUCUCCAGAACUAUGCCAACUUCAUUAAUCAGACGUAUGCGGCUGGAUGCGCAGGCCACGUCGAGGAGUGCUUUGGAUCUUACAACGACACCGACUACCAGGGUACUGGUUUAGACCAGGACUGGCGUCUCUGGCAAUUCCAGGUCUGCACACAAUGGGGCUUCUUCAAUGUCCCCCCUCCCGACCUCGACCAGCCUCGCAUCAUCUCGUCCUUCAUCAGCCUCGAGUCAGAGUCCAAAAUCUGCAAGCAGGCCUACCCGCCUGGCGAGCACUUUACUGUGCCCGCCGAGCCCAACAUCACCGCCGUCAACGCGCUUGGAGGCUAUGACAUCGCAGCUGACCGGCUCGCCAUCAUCGACGGGGAAGUUGAUCCCUGGCGCCCCGACACGCCUCACUCUCUGGACGCGAAGCCUCGCGACGACACGACUAUUAGGCCUUUCAAGCUCAUUCCAGGGGCCGUACAUCACUACGACGAGUAUGGCCUCGCCGACCUCUCGCAGGAGCCGCCCGAAAUUCAGCAAAUCCACGAAGAGAUGAUUGCCUUCGUCACGGAAUGGCUGAAGGAGUGGAACCAGACCAAGAGCACGUUGUAAGGCCUAAGGCCCAAGGCUUAGUUCGCUGGCAGACGCGCGUAGCAGACCUAGCUCCGUCCGCGUUUGUCCGUCGUUCGUUUCUUGCCCUCGUUCAGGCUGUAUAGUAGCAACGUCGACGCUGUGUCGUAGGGGAAUACAGUACAAGCCUUCUGAUAUCUACAGGGCGAAGUCCAUGCACCCGCGCCAUAGGACGCGGGCGGAUAAGUAUACAGCUAUAUAGAGGUAAGGUAUAUCAUCAUAGCAAUUGUGAAGC